AAAGCAGCAGCUGUUAGACUAGUGACUUAGCAGGGCGCCACAAAUCGCUAGAAGCGUCGAGGCGUGUCUCUGACUAAAACCUUUUACUUAAAAAAUAUUCGAAAUAUAUGAACCGCUUUCGGCCAUUGCUCUUUCGGUAUCAAUUGCCCUUACACGAAAUCCGACGGACCCAACAAUAUAAACAAUAGUAUGUCAAAUGUUUAAGAAUCCUAAUUCUGAACGCAUCACUAAAAAGUUUGACAGUUCCGUGUUGAUAACAGGCAUUGACAGUAACAUUUUGAUAUCAACAUUCCGUGCGAGUUGCGCUAAAACGAAAAAGAAGACAUUCCAUUCACGUAAACAAGAAAUAAUAAUGGCUUUACCAACCGCCCAACCCGCUGAAGUGCUUCGAGCGUGGCAGAAAGACGACCUAUAUGAGAAACAGUUGGCGGAUUCCUUAUCGAAGUUGAUGUCUGCGAGACACGCUUCCAAGGCAGUGCCCUUAUCAUCAGUCAUGUACAGAUCCCUGACGACCCUAAAAGACCUCCAAACUUUAGGGGAAGAGUACUCCGGUAUCGUUCAAGUUGACGAAACAUACAAUAAACUGCCUGGCUAUUACAGUCGGUUGUUCAGCAUUAUCUUUUCAACAUUCGGAGAAAAUUUCACCCGCCAAGUCUUGCAAGGUCUAGAGAAACGCGUAGAGCGAAGCCCUUCUUUGACGAUAGAAGCGCAAAAUUUUGUUCUGGUCAUUCUUAAAACAUUGAGUAGUGUUGUACCUCAGAUUCAAAGUAUACAUCGCGGAUUUGCGUAUAUAAAUGGAGGACCUUUGCAGAUUGGUAAAACGCUGACUGGGAUAGACUAUGUUAAUGUUCGCCCAGCAGCUGCGGCAUAUUACGCGCAUUUAAGACUCCUGGGUGUAGUAACCUUGCUACAUGCUAUUGUGUCAUGUGGUCAAAACUUGUAUAGAGCAAAAAGGCACAUGGAUCAGAUGAGAGAAAUGCCUAAUGAAGUUGAUAGCAGUAAAUUAUGUGUGGCUUGUCUAGAAGAAAUAGUUCAACCCUGCGUGUUACCAUGUGGUCAUAUAUUUUGUAUGCAGUGCUCAUAUGGGGCAUUGGAAAGUUGUGCAUUAUGCCGCACACCUUUUACCAAAAAUACUGUUGUUCCAUUGAUGAAUUAUUUUCCUGAGAAUCUAUAGACACCAUAUUAUUUUAUUAUGUAUGUAUUAAAGUAUUCUUAAGGAAAGGAGUUUUAAAGAAACCUUCCAAUGUGGUUAUUGGGCCCAGGUCUGUAAGCCUAACAAGUUCUAUUUUAUAUUUUUAUUAUAAUUCAAAUAUUUUAUAAGAAUCUGUGAUAAAAUAAAUAAGUAAUUAAUUUAUGUUAAGAUAUUGGUUUUGGGUCGAUGUUAAGAUAUUUGUUAAAAAUAAAUUAUUUUUCUGUUAAA